GCGCUUUGGGGUCCUUAGGGACUAUUAAAGCGCUAUAUAAAUACAGGCCAUUUACCAUUUACCAUAGUGCUUAGCCUUAGCAAUAAGGCACAGUUGGUUUGAAUUAGAUUUGAUUACUGAAGACACUUGUUUGUUAAAUUUGAAAGAUCUAUCCAGCAGGACACCUAGGUCACUAACUGAGUCAGAGAAAGAAGUGGCAAAGGAACCAAAGGUAUCAGCUAAUAGGCCCCUGGGGAUAUGGUUGCCAAACACCACAAUCUCCAUUUUCUUUUCAUUCAGGAUAAGGGAAUUGCCUGAAUGUCAUUCUCUGACUUCUCUCAUGCACUCGAGGAAACAGUGCAACGAAGGAGCAAUGUCGUCAUCAUCUAAUUGAAAAUAUAUUUGUAUAUCAUUGGCAUAGAGGUGAUAAGAAAUGUUAUAUUUUUCAAAGAUUAAGCCUAGGGGGAGCAUAUAUAAUGAGAAUAACAUUGGGCCAAGCACAGAGCCUUGGGGCACACCACAGCAUAAAGAUGCAGUUGAGGAAGAAUAAGUACCCAAGGUAACGGAGAAGGACCUGUUCAAAAGGUAUGAUUUGAACCAGUUAAGGGCUUAACCCCGAAUGCCCACAGUGCAUUCUAACCUCGUUAAUAAAAUAUUAUGGUCAACCAUGUUAAAGGCCGAGGACAAAUCCAAUAAGACCAAUAUAGCAGAAUGCCCUGAAUCAGUAAUUAAGAGAAGAUCAUUAAGGACUCUCAGCAAAGCUGUAUCAGUGCUGUGGCGUGGUUUAAAACCAGAUUGAAAUUUAUCACAGAUGUCAGUAGUAUGAUAAGUAUGAUCAAUCAAUCAAUCAAUCGAUCAAUUUUAAAAAAAAAAAAUUAACAUACUAUGAUAUUUACCCCACAGCAUAUGUUUUAACAAAGUAUUAUGAAUAAAAAUAUGUUAUAAAAGCAAUAAAUUACCCUUUUUUUACCUUUAAAGUGUACUAUUUGCCUGUGGCAGUUCUCUAUUGAUAGGUAUCAUGUUAUGUACACAUGUAAACAAACACACACGUAUAUAUAUGCCUGUGAGGCAUUAGCUGGUGCUACAGCUAAUAUGUCUUUUAAUGUCACACAUUGUGCUGAAUUCAUUUUUACUUUCAUUUUCUUUUUCUGUCUUAGCCAUUCAGCUGAAAGUUUUCAACACUUCUUCAACACUAUACUCUGUUCUACAAGUCACAGCGAAGGUAGGAGAGGCCCCGGUGUCAUUAAGAGAUUUGAUUGGGUAUUACAGUGUCGGCAAUGAAAAUGAACGAAUGGGCUAGAAUGGGCUGCCGGUGCGUGUAUGGUACAGUGCGCAGCGGUGCUUCAAUUGGCCACGAAGUGCGUCGGGCCAGCUGGUUAAUUACCUGUCCACCCCUAAAUUAAGGGAAGCUACGGUACAUGCACAACACGCCCACAGCUCAAACAAGACAAGCCUGUCGCCGUGUUAAAACAACUGUCCACUUGGAUUUUUGCAUUUUGCAGCCACAGGACAAAGACGAAAACCACGCGGAACACGAACUGUUUACUAAGAGAGUGAAGAUGGACAACUGGACAGCGGCUCUGCUCACUGGUGUUGCCUGCAUUGUGGGAUACCUGGUAGUGCGGGUGAAAAAGAUCAGCAGCCUCCGACAGGCGGAGGAAAAAAUCAAGAGAGCCAGAAACAGGAGAGAUGAGAGCUUGCAGCGGGCAGAGCAGGCGGUGCUCCGGUACAAAGAGUCGCAUCCGACAACUGACUCUGCUUUCAUCCUGACGCUCUCCCUGUCUGAGCUGACACAGCAGCUGAAGGAAGGCUCACUGAGCCCAGAGGAUGUGCUUUACUCUUACAUGGAAAAGACUCUGGCUGUAAACAAAAAGCUGAACUGCUGCACUGAAAUUUUGCUGGAGAGUUUGGACCAGCUGAAAACUGUUGGCUCCAACAAGGAUGGUCUCUUGUACGGAGUUCCAGUUAGCAUCAAAGAAAAUAUUGCAUUUAAGGAUCAUGACUGUUCUUGUGGUGUGGUCAUUAACCUGGACCAGCCUGCUGAAAAGGACAGUGUGCUUGUUGAAGUCCUGAAGAAACAAGGAGCUAUUCCCUUUGUGAAAACCAACUUGGCCCAAGCCCUUAUAAGCUAUGACUGCAGUAAUCCUAUCUACGGGCAGACUGUGAACCCUCAUAACCCCCAGAAGACCUCUGGAGGUUCAUCUGGUGGGGAGGCGGCUCUCGUUGGGGGAGGGGGCUCCCUCCUCGGUAUAGGCACUGAUCUCGGUGGCAGUAUCCGUCUUCCGUCUUCAUUCUGUGGAAUCUGUGGUUUCAAGCCAACUGCUCAGCGACUGAGUUUACAGGGUUUUCGUUCAAUUUAUCGAGGACAAAAGUCAGUGGCAUCAUCUGCUGGACCCAUGGCAAGAGAUGUGGACAGCCUGGCUCUGUGCAUGCAGGCACUUCUUUGUGACCACAUGUUUUCUUUGGACCCCACUGUUCCACCAUUACCUUUUAACAUGGAGAUAUACAGAAGCUCCAGACCUCUAAGGAUUGGUUAUUUGGAAAAUGAUGGCUACUUGCAACCGUCUCCAAGCAUGGCCCGAGGCGUCAGAGAGGUCAAAGCUCUGUUAGAGCAAGCAGGGCACACAUUGGUUCCUUACUCUCCACUGAAAAUCAGCCAAAUUGUUCCUGAGCUAUUAAUAAAGGGUGUAUAUGCAGACGGCACUGCCACCCUUCUGCAAAAACUGAAAGGGGGACUUCUGGACCCUUCUCUGAAGCAGCAGGUUUUUACGCACUCGCUCCCUAAGUGGUUUAAGAAAAUCCUUUCCUUCCUACUAAAACCUGUGUCACCUCGUCUUUCUUCCAUCGUGAGUGCUAUUUGUGGAGUUCGUUCUGUUUCCGAUCUGUGGAAGCAACAUGCUGCUGUUGAGGACUACAUUCAAGAGACAAUAGCACAUUGGAGGAGCUGCAAUAUUGAUGUGCUGUUGUCCCCCAUGAUAGGGCCAGCCAGCAGGUUAUUGCACGCUGACAAACUUGCAACUGCUGUCAGUUGCACGAUGCUCUACAAUCUCUUAAAAUUUCCUGCGGGUGUAGUCACUGUUUCCACAGUGACUGCAGAGGAUGAGGAGGAACUAAAGCACUAUAAGGGCUGUUAUCAGGACAGUCUUGACAAGUUCCUCAAAGAGGCAGUGUCCGGUGGUGAGGGUCUACCUGUGGCGGUGCAGUGUGUUGCUCUGCCGUGGCAGGAUGAGCUCUGUCUGCGCUUCAUGAAGGAAGUGGAACAACUGGUCAAAGAAAGCAAGAAGUAAAGCUGCUUUCUUUCUCAGUCUCACAGGAGAGGCUGCAGACUUCAGAGGCAAUGUGUUAACUUGAGUAGAUCCUAUAAAUGAGAGCUAAAUGUUUCAUAAGUAUCAGAGCAUUCUCUUUUUUACAAAUUUUUGUGACUUGACUAUUUGGUAAAGUUUAAAUAAAUUUUAACAGUUAAAAUUCAGGUUAAAGUCAAGGCAGUUUUAUUUCUUCAUGCCAAAAUCCCAUGUAAAU